AAAACGGCAUUUGGUGUUCACUGAUUAUUUCCAUUUGUUCCCUUAAGGAGUUUCGGAAGAACGAACGAAGCGAAAUACCUAUUUUUGGGAUUCAGUUCUCUCGCUUGAAUCUCCAGACAGAGAAGAAACGGCACUAGGAGUCAGAGGCAGCCCGUCGGAAGUCAUUCCAAGCUCUGUGUUAAUUAAACGAUCAAUCUUUCUCUUCAUUUCUUGUGUUUUCGUCUCCCAGUGGUUGCAUUCACACUUCGACGAUCGAAUUCUGUGCGCUAAGCUUAUGAUUUGUUGAUUCUAGGGUUUUGUUUUCUUUCCAGCGGCCAAGAAAUUUUUGAGAUACAAUGGCUAUGAUCGACGAGCCACUGUAUCCGAUUGCUAUUUUAAUCGACGAAUUGAAAAAUGAAGAUAUCCAGCUUCGGUUAAACUCUAUCCGUAGGCUUUCCACGAUAGCUCGUGCUUUGGGCGAGGAGAGAACACGGAAGGAAUUGAUUCCUUUUCUUAGUGAGAACAAUGACGACGAUGAUGAAGUACUGCUUGCAAUGGGAGAGGAGCUUGGGGUGUUCAUUCCUUACGUUGGUGGAGUGGAAUAUGCUCAUGUUUUGUUACCCCCGUUGGAGACUCUGUGUACUGUUGAGGAAACCUGUGUGAGGGACAAGGCAGUGGAGUCGUUGUGUCGGAUUGGUGCUCAGAUGAAGGAGAGUGAUCUUGUCGAUUGGUUUAUUCCUUUGGUCAAGAGACUGGCAUCUGGUGAGUGGUUUACAGCUCGGGUUUCCUCAUGUGGACUGUUUCAUAUUGCUUAUCCCAGUGCACCAGAGAUGUUAAAGACAGAAUUACGGCAAAUAUACAGCCAAUUAUGUCAAGAUGACAUGCCAAUGGUGAGGAGGUCUGCUGCAUCAAACCUCGGAAAGUUUGCUGCUACAGUUGAACCAGCCCACCUGAAGACUGAUAUGAUGUCAAUAUUUGAGGAUCUGACUCAGGAUGAUCAAGAUUCUGUUAGACUAUUGGCUGUUGAGGGGUGUGCGGCACUUGGAAAAUUGUUGGAAUCCCAGGACUGUGUUGCUCAUAUCCUUCCUGUCAUCGUUAAUUUCUCCCAGGAUAAGUCUUGGCGUGUUCGAUACAUGGUAGCUAAUCAAUUGUAUGAGCUUUGUGAAGCUGUGGGGCCUGAGCCUACCAGGUCGGACCUGGUUCCUGCAUAUGUGCGGCUACUUCGAGAUAACGAGGCAGAAGUACGUAUUGCAGCUGCAGGAAAAGUAACUAAGUUCUGUCGAAUAUUGAAUCCCCAACUUGCAAUUCAGCACAUCCUUCCUUGUGUGAAGGAACUCUCAUCAGAUUCAUCUCAGCAUGUUCGUUCUGCUUUGGCUUCAGUGAUAAUGGGAAUGGCACCUGUUUUAGGAAAGGAUGCCACAAUUGAGCAACUUCUUCCUAUUUUUCUAUCCCUUCUGAAAGAUGAAUUCCCUGAUGUCCGACUUAAUAUUAUUAGCAAGCUUGAUCAAGUGAAUCAGGUGAUUGGAAUUGAUCUGUUAUCCCAAUCAUUGCUACCAGCCAUUGUUGAGCUUGCUGAGGACAGACAUUGGAGGGUUCGGCUUGCAAUUAUAGAGUACAUACCAUUAUUGGCAAGUCAGUUGGGUGUGGGAUUUUUUGAUGAUAAGCUUGGUGCUCUUUGCAUGCAGUGGUUGGAAGAUAAGGUUUACUCAAUCCGUGAUGCUGCUGCUAAUAACUUGAAGCGUCUUGCGGAAGAAUUUGGUCCAGAUUGGGCAAUGCAGCACAUAGUUCCUCAGGUUCUAGAAAUGAUUAACAACCCACAUUAUCUGUAUCGGAUGACGAUUCUACAUGCAGUUUCUCUACUAGCGCCUGUCAUGGGGGCAGAGAUCACAUGUUCGAAGUUGCUGCCAGUGGUCAUUAAUGCAUCGAAAGACAGGGUACCCAACAUCAAAUUCAAUGUGGCGAAGGUGUUGCAGUCCCUCAUUCCCAUAGUUGACCAUUCUGUGGUAGAGCAGACAAUUCGCCCAUGUUUGGUGGAGCUCAGUGAGGAUCCAGAUGUAGAUGUGAGAUUUUUUGCAAGCCAAGCUCUUCAGGCAAGUGAUCAAGUCAUGAUGUCUAGCUAGACGUGCUUGUUCAGGAGUUUUCUCUGAUCUGGAAGUUCCAGGUGUAUCCACAUUUGUCUUGAAGAGAAAUCAUGUUGGGCUGCUAGGAUCUUGUGAGAGCUGAUUUCAUUUUAUUGUUUUUAUAUGCUUUGAGUGCUUCAGUGUUAUUGUAUCCUUUACAAUUAACACGAAUGAGCCUUCAACUUUUUUUUCAAGCUAGUGUCAAAGUCAGAUCUUAUCCUUGCCUAGUUACAGUUGUAUCUCUACUGUGGAAGAGAAGUAGAAACAAGUUGAGCUA